UAGUUUGAAAAUGGCCGCUUAGUGUCUUGUUGCUGUCAGUUAUAGGCCAAGUGAAAGGUUGUCGACUUUGCGGUGGAAAAGAAUUCGGACAGUGAAAGAAGUAGUUUAAGAUGCCGAAUUUUUAUAAAGUAGAAAUUAAUAGAACAGAAUGGGAAGUGCCCGAUAGAUAUCAAAUGCUAACUCCUGUUGGUUCUGGAGCAUAUGGCCAAGUUUGUUCUGCGGUGGAUAGCAAGUUCGGGGUGAAAGUAGCGAUAAAGAAGUUGGCUCGGCCAUUCCAAUCUGCUGUUCACGCCAAGCGGACGUAUCGGGAACUGAGGAUGUUGAAGCACAUGAAUCAUGAAAAUGUAAUUGGUUUGCUCGAUGUAUUUCACCCCUCUACGAGUCUCAAUGACUUCAAUCAAGUGUACCUGGUCACGCACCUUAUGGGGGCAGAUCUGAACAAUAUUGUGCGAACCCAGAAACUCUCAGACGACCAUGUUCAGUUUCUGGUGUACCAAAUACUCAGAGGUCUUAAAUACAUUCACUCUGCCGGCAUCAUACAUCGUGAUUUGAAGCCAUCCAACAUUGCUGUGAAUGAAGACUGUGAGUUGAAGAUCCUGGACUUUGGACUUGCUCGCCCCACAGAGAACGAGAUGACAGGCUACGUGGCAACAAGAUGGUAUCGAGCACCUGAGAUAAUGCUCAAUUGGAUGCACUACAACCAGACAGUUGACAUCUGGUCGGUUGGCUGCAUAAUGGCAGAACUGCUGACGGGCCGAACCCUCUUCCCUGGCACGGAUCACAUCCACCAGCUGAACCUUAUCAUGGAGAUCCUGGGGACUCCGCAUGCGGAGUUCAUGCUCAAGAUUUCAAGCGAGUCGGCACGGAAUUAUAUUCAGUCACUACCUCAACUUAAGAAGAAAGACUUCAAGGAUGUUUUCAAAGGCGCCAAUCCACUGGCCAUAGACCUGCUGGAGCAGAUGUUGGAGCUAGACGCAGAGAAGCGUAUCACAGCUGACCAGGCCCUGGCUCACCAAUACCUGGCACAGUAUGCUGACCCCAGCGACGAGCCCGUCAGCCAGGCCUAUGACCAGAGCUUUGAGGAUAUGGAGCUGCCUGUGGACAAGUGGAAAGAACUGGUUUACCAGGAAGUGACGAGUUUCGUACCUCAAGCACUCCCUCCGUCGGCUCAGCAAGCGGAGACCUAGACACGUAACACCAUUGUACAUAACAGCUGUUGGCCUGCUACCAGGCUGAGCUGAGUUAGGUUAGGCGAAAUCUUGUGAUACCGGCAACACGUCCACAAGCUUCAGACUGGUCCCCACAUUACUUAGUUGUUAAAUUAUGAGGGAAUAGCUUUUAAUUCAGCUCAGAUUAUUAUACAAAAUGGAACAUGAUUUUAUUGUAAAAUUUAAAUUAGAAUAGUGCAAGUAUACCAAAUGUACAAUCCUCUCUGUUAUUGAAUUAAGAUUUCUUAGAUAAUCAAAAGCUUAUAUAUGUAAACCAUUACAUUUUUAUAAGAUUAUUACACAAAAACUAUUCACUUGCUGUCGUAAUACAUGCUAUUUAUUGGUGUCAGCAGCGUUUUUAAAUAUUUCAUGGUUCCAAAGAUUUGGCAUAUAGUAAAUUUAAUUAUUUACUUUGUGAUUUUUUUCUGGUAAGGCAGAUAAAUAAUUAUUAUUACUGAAUGGUCAAUUAAUUUUUCUUAUUACUGACUGGGAAAUCAUUAAAUAUUAUGUUCAUUUUGGAAUAUAGCCUUGGUUAUUACAGUACAUCAGUGUGUAAACUAUUGUUUAUUUAAUGUUUCGGAACAGUCUAGAGGCGGUGUAGUCAAACGCUGUAAAACGCUUUAACUAGUUUAAGGAUUGAAGGAUAGGUUACUUUUUCUUAUGAUUAACAACACUAAAAUGUUUUAUUUUGAAUUUAUAGUUCAAAUUAACCAUUAACAAGGUUAUAGUCUUAGACAAUUUAAAAAUAUACGUAGCAUCUUUUCUUCAAAUUCCCUCCAUGUACAUUGUUAAAUAUUUUUUUAAACUGAGGAUACAUCACUUUAUUUCAACAUGUUAAUGUUUUAUUAAUUAAGGUUUGAAGACUGUAAUUAUUGAUGAUUUAAUUGAAGAAUACGUAAGUGUUUAUGUUUAUAUCCUGUAAUAAUUUUGAUUGUUCUCUUCUACUACAUAAUAAAUUAAAACAUAAGUUUUAAUGCACUUUUAAAGGUAUAUUUUACAUGGAGGGGUUUAAUUUUAGUUAUUUUUUAAUUGUUAGUCCUUAAUUUUAAUUCUCGCUAAAAAGCAGUAGUUAUUUUUUAACAGUUAGUAAGUUUUUCUACAGUUAAAUUAAUUUCUAAAGUCAAACAUUAAUCCUGGUCAUGGAAGUAAAAUUGAUAUAAAAACUUUUGUAAGCUUCAUAGUGUUUAAAAAAUAAAAAAAACGCCCAUGGUUUAUUUUAACUUUUUGUCUUAUAAAAUAUAAUCAACCAGAUUAUAGCCACCAGUGUGCUAGGAUGUUUGAGAUAUUUUUAAGCUUUAGUAUUAAUUUGAUGGUAGCUCAUAAAUAUUAUACCAGACAAUGCUAUCAAGGCAGAUGAUUCAUCAAAUAAAUUUAAAAAUAUAUUUUGUCUCAAUAAACAAAAUCUUCUUGUUUAGAGUUUCUUAUAAUUACAUGUUUUGUAUAAACUGCAUAAUUGUAUUCCCUUGUAUUAUUGAUUUGGUAUAUUGGAAACAUAUUGUAUGUUGAUCUCAGCUUCAGUGUCUAUUUUUAUAAUGUUGUAAAGUUGAUGUUUGAAUUUUAUUGAAUUUUUCUGUUAUUUUUAUUUGUGGUCUUUCAAUUGCUCAAUAGCUUCCAUUGAAAAUAGAUCAUGAUAUUUUAAAUGUGUGUUUUAUUACUUGAAUGGUUCAGCCUUUUAUAAAUUUUAACAUUUGCACUUAAUUUCAAUUUUCAAAUAAAGACUAUUAUUGCUUAAAAUAGCAAGACUCAACUAUGAUGCCUUAAUAAUACUUGCUUGAUACGCAACACCACAUGCUGUUCAAAUAUAUACAUUAUGUAUCAAUAUCAAUAUAAUAUACUAUAUUAUAUUGUUUUAUUACAACCUCAAAUUAUUUAAACUGAUAUCAUUUUAGUGUAGGCAAGUUAAAUAACAAGAUAAAAUGUUUAUUGAAAGCUAAAAAGUUGAAAAAUUUUACUAAUGAGACAUGUUGUUUAGUAAGAGCACGUUUUUACAAAACAAUUUUCAUAUCACAUUUUUUCAGAAUUUAUAUAUUUUUAUUUUUUUCACAUAAUUGUCCUGUUUAUUUAAGCACUUGUCAUACAUUACAGCUAAGUUUAGAAAUUAAUUUACCUCUUCAAAAAGAUUUACCUUCUGCUUUGACAGACAGAAGUUCACUGCCGUUUUCUGUUCAUUGUCGUUGACGUACUUCCUACGAAGAUAGAUAUUCAGGUGCCGAAAAAGGUAGAUAUUCUCGAAGCAAGAUCUGAGCUAUACGGUGGGUGAUCCAAGACCUCCCAGCCAAAAGAGUCAAUUUACCGAGUUAGGACAAUAUGAGACUUUGCACUGUCAUGGAAGAGCAAGAUUCCCCUUUUCAGAAUGACACGUAUUUUAUUUGACAGCUUAUUUAAUGUUAGUAAUAAUUCUCAAGACAGAACUCCCACCAGCAAAAACCACGAACUUAGAUUACAGUUGACAUUAUCUUGCUGUGACAACUUUGUUUGGUUAUGACUUUGACAUAUUCCAUGGCUUUUACCCGAUUCAGUUGAGAUAUGGAAUACCCGUGUUCAUCUCUUGAAAGAGUUUGACUUAUGUUAUCCUCUUCUUCAUCAUAAUGGGGGAUAGGUCAAGGAACUGUCCUAUCAAUUUUGUUUGUGGUCCUUUCAUCUAUACAUUUUAAGAAAAUUCCUUGCAAAGGAUUGAUUCAUAACCAUAUUUAUCUGCUGUUCUCAUAAACUUUUGUAUUAAUUGCAAUCACAAAUUCUUCAGUGACCAAAGGAUGAUCGAGCUGAACAUUCAUCAUGAGAUUUACAAAGUCACACUUGGACUCUCUGGCCCAAUCACUUUACCUUUGCUUAUUGCUCUAUCAUCAAUCAGUUCAUAAGUUUAACAAUGAUGUCUGCAGGCAACAUGUUCAAAACGUAUCACUGACUUUCUUACACACGAGAGGAGAUUUAAUAAUCUUGAAAUAGAGACAGUAAAGCGUAUUGUUUAGCUACAGAAUUGCAAAUACAUUCUUGUUUGCAGUGGAUGCUGGGAGUAACACAAAUGCUUUUUUAUCCCUUGCUUGAAUUGCAAGUAUGCAAGACAAUGUCCUUUAUUUAAAAAAAGUCCCUCAUACUAUACUUUCAAUUAACAUAUCUUUUUAGGAGUCAGAUGUUGAAUUAUAGUGAUGGCAUGUGACCUAGUGUUGCUGGUCCACUGUUUCUUAUAUUUCUGAACUAAAGUUCAUAUACUUGCUUGGUUAAUUUUAAAGAGUAAUAAUAAAAACCCUAUUACAUUUGAAUCUUGUAAAUUUAUUCAAGUUAGCAAAUUAAUAAGGAGUAAGCCUAAACAUACAAACCUUUUUCAACAAAACUAUUUACAAAAAUCUUAUCAGGAUUAAAAAUGUUUCUUGUUACCUGAACUUCUUGUAAUAAAUAAAAACAUCAAACAUUUUUCUAUUUAUAAGAAAUUAUAAAAUAGAUUUAAAUCAAACAAAAAAGCUUUUAGUAAUUUUAUUUCACUAUUAUGCAUAUGAUAACUAAUUUUUGGUUAUGUAAAUUUGAUUUUAAUAGUUUUGGUAUCGUUUAUUUAUGAAUGAAUAUUGAAAUUUCAAAUUUAAAUAGUGAAGAGUAGUAAAUAAAAUCAACUUAUUUUAUUGAAAUAACAUGGGAUACAUAAUCUAAACAAAUCAAGUAUUCUGAUGACAAAAUAUUUAGAAUAUUUCUCUAGACAUUGCAUAUAUUUAAACACAUUGUAUUAUUUUUGUGAUGCAAAAGAGAAAACAAAAUGUAGUAAAGGAAAGAAUUGCUCCUAAAAACAAAGUUUUAAUACUUUAAAAGCUGGCGGUACUGGCAGAUGUCUUCAUUUUAGUCCGUACCCCCACACCCUUAUUAUUGGUCGUAGAAUUAUGAGGUGUCUAAUUUAAAAAAUAAUAUGGACUAAUACGCAUCCAAACACUGAUUUAAAUUUGUUAUAUCUUUUUAUGUUUUUCAGAAACAAUCUCAAAUUGUUGUACUUUCGUGUAAAGUACUUAAAAAGUAUACAUGUUAUAAUAGGAAAACAAAAUAGGAAACGUUAAAGUUUGCAUGUAUAUUAAUCAUAUCUCUAAAAUGAGACAUCAAUCAUAAUCCUACUACCAAAAAUAAAUGCUUAAAAGUUUUAAGAGAUUUAACAUUGUUCUUAUGGAAUAAAACUUAAGGUCAUUUCAGUACAGCCGGCUCUUAAAUGUAAGAUUUAAAUGCAGGAUCUUAUGCAUGCUUAUAUAUAGUGAAAAAAAGUAGACAUCAUUGAUACAUGAGUUUAAAAAUAGGAACAAAUUUUAAAUGUACAUAUUUUUAAUUUAGUUUUCUUGAAAAAGAAAUGAAAAAAUUUGCUAAAAAGAAACGAGACUAUUUUGUACAAAUAUUAUAGCUUUAGUUGUAAGACAAAUCAUUUAUUUGUUCUUUUAAAGAGGUAAAUAUAGAAAUAAUUUUAAGAAGGUGAAGAGGUGGUUAACAGUUCUUAUAUAGCUAUAACUUAUUAGACUGAUAUUAAUUUUACAAAUUUAUAUUCCUUAACGAUUUUUUAAGUUCCUUUUUUUCAGAACAAAUUUUGUAUUAAGUUUUUAGACUUAUUAUUUGACUUUGGUGAAGUGACUAUAGUUUAAACUAAACAAAAUUAAGCCUCAGUUAAAGUUUUUAAAAUGGCUAGAUACAAAUCCAAUUGUGUUAAAAUAAUUGGUUGAUGCCAAUUAGUUGUAAUAUUCUAGAACUAAAUUGGAUUUUUGAAUAGCAUAUAUGAAGAAAUAUAGUGACUGUAAAGUGUAUGCCAAAGACUGGAAUCCUUUACGAUACAAUGUAUGGAGAAAGUGUAUUUAUUGUAUUAUCUGCUCAUCGCUUACAAGAAUUCAACCAGCAAUUCCAUGUCAACUUUAAAGACACUCAAAUCACAUUAUAGCCAUGUGCAAUGCUUCUGACCUUGGUAUUAGUUUUGUUAUUCAUACAUGUAAUAAAAAUAUUAUUGUUGUUACUUA